GGGCGGCAGCACAGGCUUCGGGCGCCUACUCGAGAACAAGUGGCAAACACCACCGGAUUGAGGAUCGGGAGGGGCUCUUCCCAAUUUUCCACUGAGGAGAAAGCAGACACUGAAAUGGACCCCAGGAAGACUCCCAGAGUCUCCUCCCAUCCAUGGUCUCUCCUCUUCUUUUUCCGGCAUGCUGGCAUUGCAGGGGCUUUUAAGAAGUCCAGCAGCUCGAUCGACAGGGCAGGAGGACCCCCACAAUCCAAGAACAUCUGGCUUACAUUUUAACACAACACAAUUAUCCCAGAAAAGGUGUUGCUGUCAGAAUGUGGAAAAUCCUGUUUAUUGUUGCACUGUGUGGAGCAGCAGCGGCCCUGGUCAAUCAAGACCUGGAUCAGGAAUGGGAGACGUGGAAGAGCAAGUUUAACAAGUCCUACCCCAACAAGAAUGAAGAGCUGAAACGGAGAGAGAUUUGGGAGAAGAACCUGGAAAUGAUCACCCAGCACAACCUGGAGUUCUCCAAGGGGAUGCACACCUAUGACCUAGCUAUGAACGACCGUGGGGACUUGACCACAGAAGAGAUGUCAGGUUGCCUGCUCCCCUUUCGAAAAAGACGUUCGGUCUGAGCUCUGGCAAGCCUGCAAUGUUCCACCCAGCGUCCUAAGGCAAAGGUUCACUGGGGCCGACAAAGGUGGACCCAAAUCACCAGAUCACCACAUUAAAGGGACCUCACCCCCACUGGGUGGCCAGAACCUCACAGCCAAAUUCCAGCGACAAGGCCUGACUGCCUCAAGACACAGAUGCAUCCUACACUCGCAAACUCACACUAACACAGGAGGUACAGUAUCACCCCAGAUCUACAUUAGGGAUAACAAGACAAUCCAAAGGAACGACACACGAAAGGGAACAACCAAAGAACUGGUUUCUUCCUGCUAGAGGGAGCUUUUCCUUCAGGCUUGGUGGGGGUUCAGGCCGGUUAUAUGUAAAGUGCUUUGUGACAAUGACUGUUGUUAAAAGUGCUAUAUAAAUAAAAUUGAAUUGAAUUGAAUCACAAACCAAACUCUGGUGAAACAUGUUACUAUUCCAUCUGUAACUGUAAACCAAAAACUGCAGGUUACUAUAUUAUUCCAACACCCUGAAGCCUUAUGCCUGAAAUUGAUGCCAUUGUAAAAUGAAUACAGUUACAAUUACAAAAGUCUUCAUAAAAGGUUCUUGUGCAUAUCAAUGGCAUAUCAACACUUUCGGGUGGGUUCUUGUUUCUGUGGUUUUGUUACAAUACUGCAGUACUUUGUUACAAUAUGUGAGCUUAUUAUUACCCUAAUGUAUUGAGUGUGUAGUUUUAACAUUGCUGCAGCUAAGUAAAACUAAAAUGAACAAAUGUUGCCUGAAAAGAGACAUUUUCUAGCAGAUCUGUGUGCAUUAAUACACAUGUGCAGUAAGACAUUUUAAUUGUGGAACAGUAAAAACAGAAUUUGUUUGAAACUUCUUUUGUAUAUUGGUUUCAAAUGCAAUGUUACUAACACUAAGUAAAUUAAAAAUAAACCCAUCAAACUGAUUUCCUGA